AUGACGUCUCAACCUAGCCCCUCUAAGGCGGGAAUUUUUCAUUACUCCAAUAAAAAUAACGCUCACCAAGAUACUGAUCGCGAUGAAUCAACGAGUAAAAGUUUUGAUAAAGAGGCGAAUCUCUUGUACUCGAAGAGCAAGGCGAGUUUGACCUAUGACAACCCAAAUUCUUCCUCGGAGGUCUACCUACAUCCCACAUCAUCAGCAAAAGAUAAUAUUCCAGGAUAUCUAGCUCUUCUUUACGAGGGAUCUUCCGCUGAUUUGCACCCGAUACCUUCUACCCCACAAGAUAAGGACCUCUUUCUUCUUGCCUGGCUUCCUGAACAUACUCUCGGCGAUACUGCUGAUAUUUACGCACAAGUUGAUCUCAUGGAGGAUCUGCCACAUAUAACAAAUUCAUUUCUUGUGCCCAGACCACCUAUAACCUUAAACCUCACAUCAAUAGGAUAUUCUGCCUUUGCAGUGCCACUUUCAUCUAUUUACAGUUUGUUUAUACGUCCGCCUAGCCCAGGAUGGUGGUUUGGUAGUCUAAUUAUCAAUUCAAAAACCGGAUAUUCUUUUCCAGCUCUAUUUUUUCACGACUCAGAGUGCCAAAGCACCAUAGCACAGAAAAAAAAACUAGUUCGAGAGAAUUUCGACCCAUUUGGAGUGCAAAGUGAAAUAUUCUGGGGUGGUAGUGAAGUGCUUAGAUGGCUGAACCAAUAUAUCGAUGUUCAAAGAAGUUCCGCGGAGCCAAAUACCUAUCUUGUUGAUGCAACUGAUGAAGACCGGCAAGCUUUUGGGGGGGAGUCAGUAACACCUAGCGUCUCAACAUCAAAAUCAAGGGAGAAAAGAAAUUUAUACGCGGCAGACUUCAAUUCGAAUCAAACUCUGACCCCACGGGAUAUCCAGUCAGACCCAUUGUCCAAGUUUGUCAAAGGAGCAGCGUGGAACCUUAUGGAGAAACUUAGCAGGGUAACAACUUUUGCUCGUAGAACUACUGACUCUGUAGUUGAAAAUCCAAAUAUCCCACCUCAAGUAAGGAGGCUUCUUCGAAAUCCAGAGGUGCAGACACUACAAGACGAAUUUGAUAGUGCAAGAGUAUAUCUUGCGAGAUGGGCCAUGGGAAUAGUUGAACAAAGUGAACGAGACAGAAAUUCAAGAAUCUGCAUGGCUAAAGAGGUAUUAGAAAUUGAGGCAACAGAUGUCGGUGAUUUUGAGCUCUUAAAUGCUGAAAAAGAAGCUCUAAGCUCACAAGGAAAGCGCAAAAUUGUGACGCUCAAAGAUUGGAAUAAAGUUAAGGAACGAAUAUUUUACGGUGGUCUUAAUGCUGAAGAUGAUGUUAGAAAGGAGGCCUGGCUCUUUCUACUCGGUAUUUAUAGUUGGGACUCUACCAAGCAGGAACGAAAGGCUAAAGCAGAUCAUCUAAUGGAUCAAUAUGUGAAGUUGAAAGGAGCCUGGUGGAAGCGCCUCGUCAAUGAAGGUGAUGAAGGCGAAACAGGUGAGUGGUGGCGUGAGCAAAAAUGCAGAAUAGAAAAAGAUGUUCAUCGAACUGAUCGAUCCGUGCCAUUAUUUGCAGGAGAGGAUAUCCCUCACCCCGAUCCAAUGAGCCCUUUCGCAGAUGUCGGAACUAAUGUUCAUCUCGAACAACUAAAACACAUGCUCCUCACUUACAAUGAAUACAACAGCGAAUUAGGGUAUGUUCAAGGCAUGUCUGAUUUACUUGCUCCGUUAUAUGCUGUAUUACAAGAUGAUGCAAUUGCUUUUUGGGCAUUCACAAAUUUUAUGACAAGAAUGGAGCAGAAUUUCCUCCGGGAUCAGUCUGGAAUGCGGAGACAGCUACUUACUUUGGAUCAUCUAGUCCAAUUAAUGGAUCCUAAACUAUAUUUGCACCUUCAGUCUGCAGAUAGCACAAACUUUUUUUUCUUUUUUAGAAUGCUACUAGUAUGGUUCAAGAGAGAAUUCUCUUGGGAAGACGUAUUAAGGUUAUGGGAGUGUUUGUUCACUGACUACUUAACCUCGAACUUUCAUCUUUUUGUGGCUCUCGCCAUAUUGGAGAAGCAUAGAGAUGUUAUCAUGGAGCACCUAAAACGAUUUGACGAAGUGUUGAAAUAUGUCAAUGAAUUAUCAUCGACAAUAGAUCUUGAUUCCACUCUUAUUCGUGCUGAGAAACUAUUCCGUCGUUUCCAAAGACUUGUAGAAUCUAUUGACAAGAGAGCAAACUUUCCUGCUCCGCAAGUACGCCGCCGCAUCAUUGCAUCCGAACCGUUGAAUAAGGCAUCAGUAUCUACAUCUAAUGCUAGCAGUAGCGGUAUUGAUCCUGCAGAUGCUAAAUUUUAUAACCCAAGUAUGAGAGGUCAGGAUAACUUGGAGUUGGAAGAGAGCAAACUUAAAAAACAAGAUAGAAAAUUUAGUGACAGUGAGCCUGACAAGAUAAUAGAGAUAGAUGAGGGGCCCCAAAUCAUCAGUCCGGAAUUACGUCAACUUUUAAGCAGGGAAACCAUAGUUGUUCCAAAAAAUGUAACGACGAAUAAUGGAAGUUAG